AUGACCUCACCCUUCCUUUCUCCACACGGAGUAGGCGAACCAGACACCGACCUGCUCCUCAUCACCGUUCGCUUCUCCGCCUCAAUCCCCGAUCUCCAACUAGACGUCCCAGAGCCCGAGACCACAACAGGCGCCGGCCUAAAACAACUAGUCCGAGCCGAACUCCCUAAACCCUUAUCAUCCCACCGACUGCGUCUCAUCUACGCCGGCCGCGGCCUCGAAGACACAACCGCCUUAGCAGUCUCACUAAAGCUCCCGCCAUCACCAAGCCGGAGCCCUCGCCCCACAGCAGACCAACCCGAGACCCCAGACGACCAUGGCAAAGGCAAGCAGGCAGUGCGGGAUACCCGUCCACGCCUCUACAUCCAUUGUUCGAUCGGUGACAUCGCGCUCUCAGAAGCAGACCUAGCCAGCGAAGCAAGCGUGUCAUCAACAGUCCUUCUACAACAGAAGAAGCAGCAAACCAACAACGCAGGCAAGAAAUCUCCAGCGAAGGAUGUCUCGUCUCUACCCUCCACAUUUGCACAACCUGGCCCCCAAUACCAAUCACAGCCCCAGUCCCAGUCGGCUACUACCACACCCGCACCCCGCGGCUUCGACCGCCUCCUCUCGGCGGGCUUCACGGCGGCUGAGGUCACUGCUCUGCGCUCCCAGUUCCUGGCCAUGCAGUCUGUCUCCCGGACGCCGGAUACUAUGCCUACUGGGGACCAGCUGCGGGAUCUUGAAGACCGCUGGAUGGAUGAGGGGUCGACGGCGGCGCAGGUGCAGGGUGGUCUUGGUGGGGAGGGUGGAGUUGGGGAGGAUGAGGGUGGGAUUGGAUCUGGAUCGCGUGGGGCGAUUGAUGAUAUGCUUUGGGGGGCCGUUAUGGGGUUCUUUUGGCCUGUUGGCUGUGCGAUGUGGUUGCGCAGAGAGGAGGGGGUUUGGAGUUGGAGGAAGGGGGUUGCUGUUUGUGUGGGUGUCAUUGUUAAUGCUCUUUUUGGGGCGAUGAGGAUUAUGAACUAA